AUGGCUUACGACCCUGAGUCAGACAUCGAUCAAGAGACAGCAGACCUUAUUCUUCAACUGCAGCUCGAAGAUGCCUGCCUGUAUUUCGAAACCUCCGAGGGCAAGUCCCGAGAACCGACCGACGAAGAGAUAGCGUUUCGGAUGCAGCAAGAAGACCUCCGAAACGCCUCCAACCUCGCUGAAGAUAAGCGCAUGGCAAUGAGUUUUUACUUCGCGGUUCAGGCUGAUGGUCAAGCUAUCGCUGAUAGCGAAAUGGAAGAGAAGAUUGCUGCCAGAGACCGAGAACUGGCCCGCAACUGGAGAAACGACGAUCAACCUGUCACUACGGAGGAACCUCAGCUAGACAUUGACCCCAAUUACCUUGACGAUGAAAUACUUGAGACGCUUCAGGCUCUUCACAUGUCUGGGUCCUGCGGAUACUUUGAGGCGGAUGAUGCAAACUCAGAUAACGCCGAAUCCUCUGCUUGGGCGGCUAAGCGAGCACCCAGUAAAACAACACUAAUGCAUCACUGCGUUGCCUGCAGGGAGGAAACGGAGUUCUACAAUGUUCUCCGAGCUCCUUGUAAUCAUCAGUACUGUCGGUCGUGUCUCGAGGAGCUCUUUGAAGCAGCUAUAAAUGAUGAGUCUCUGUUUCCUCCACGAUGCUGCCGACAGCCUUUCGUUUUCAAUGCUACCCGCAUAUUUCUCAAGCCUGACCUCGUGAAACGCUUUGAAAAGAAGAGAAUAGAGUUCGAGACACCCAAUAGAACAUACUGCUAUUCUCCUGAUUGCUCAGCGUUCAUUCAUCCGUCAAACAUCCAUGACGAUAUCGCCACAUGUCCUAAGUGCUUGUUCACAACGUGCACUUUUUGCAAAGAAAGAGCGCAUAUAGGCGACUGUCCGAACGACACAGCUAUGCAACAGCUUUUGGAGACAGCACAGGAGAAUGGUUGGCAACGCUGCUACUCGUGCUGGCGAGUGGUAGAACUACAGCAUGGCUGCAAUCACAUAACUUGUGGCUGCGGUGCACAGUUUUGUUAUAAUUGCGGUGGACGUUGGAGGACAUGUGAAUGCGCAGAAUGGAACCAACAUCGCCUCCUCACGCGUGCCUACGAGAUUAUUGAUCGAGAUGCAAAUGAUCCUGCUGUCCAUACCCUAGCAGAUGCUGCGCAAGCUAGGCCGGUGCCUGAACCUGCGGCUGCCGUCGAGCCUGUCAGGGUGUUUGUUGAAGAAGAAGAAGAAGAAGAAGAAGAAGAAGAAGAAGAAGACAUUAAUGGUAAAAAAAACAUGCGUAGCAUAACAGGCGCUGGUAUUAUUUAG